CGGAGGAAGUGCGCCAGACAACCUAACCUGGCACAGCUCCCUCCGCGUUGAUGAGUGUGAUGAAGUCGGCGUCGCCGAGACUGUAGUCCCUUCAGUUCAGUGCGACAAGGACACGUUCAAUUGGCUCAACUUGGCUCAAUUCGAGCAUUCCGAAAACCUCGCGCAAUGGCCGCAGUCCUCCCAGCGCCGCGCCUCAGACUGAGGCUCGUCGCCGAGAGGGUUUGUGGCACAUUGCCGCAUUCACAUCCACGCCUGCGCCGGCCAUUUUCAGCAUCAGCAGUCCGCUCAAACUCAAGCUCGGAACCCACCACAAACCCUCCGCCGCCGCCGCCUCCGUCCCGAUGGAUCGCCGAGCUGCGCGCCCGCAUCGGCAAGUGCAUCAUCUUCGGCUGCAGCCGCCAGCAGAUCGCGCAGGCGGCCGUGGUGCUGCGCGCGCUGGCGACUGAGUGGAGGGAGCUGCUGGCCGGCAGCGAGGGCUUCCUGACCGGCGGCCGCCGCGGGCUGGACGGCCGGGAGAUCGCCUGGGGGGAGAUGGACACCUUCGGCCACGUCAAUAACGUCAACUACUACCGCUACGCCGAGUCGGCGCGCGUCAACUGGAUCACCAACUUUGCCGUCCAUGUGGACCCCAAGCAUCGAGAGGAGUGGGCAGCGCUGAUGUCGCCCAAGGCAACCGGGCUGAUCAUGCGCAGCCUGAAGGCCGACUUCAAGUUUCCGAUGGUCUACCCCGACAAGAUCUCGGUGUAUCACAAACUACGGGCUCGGCCUGAAGGGGACCCGGCCCCGAGCUCCUUCUUCCUGGACUGCAUUGUCUUGUCGCACCAGCACAGGCGGAUCGCCUGCCGCUUGGAAGAGGACAUCGUUGUGUACGAUUACAGGGUGGGCGGGAAGACCAGCAUGCCCGAUUUCAUGGUCGCGCUGUUCGACGAGACCUGGAAGUUGCAGGAGAGAGAGACGGUUCGGGCGAGGACAAGGAUAUGGGAGCUCAUCCGGGCCGUGGAGAAGCUGGAGAAGGAAACGUGGGAUCGACCAGACGCCGUUGAAGACAUGGGGGGUUCCAAGAGCAGCGGCAAUUCAUGACUGAGGCGGUGUAGCUAGGCAGGCUUACGUCUCGCGUUGAUGGACGGCGAUCCCUUUCCAUGUCCCCCGGGCGCAUAUCGCCUCGGCCGCGACGCAUACCUCAUCGGCCAUAUACAACAGAGGGGCUGACAACAGCACACACGUGUCCAGGCCUGGGAG